GCCGCAGGCUCGGCCGGCCAAGGUUGCCUCGGCGGCGGAGAAGGCGGCAGUGGCGGCCGGCAUGGGCGAUGGAGGCGCGGAGCGAGACCUCGGCCCCGCGCGCCGGGCGGAGUGUGCUGGCGGCGGUGGGCGCCACGGGGACCUCGGUGGAGCGGAGGACUUGGGGGCUGGUGGAGGUGGCCGAAGCCCAAGGGAGAUUGCGGGGACCUCGGCUUCCAGUCCCGCCGGCUCCAGAGAGAGCAGCGCCGACAGCGACCUGCAGCUUGGGCCCGGCGAGGCAGACCACUGCCGCCGCAUCCUGGUACGAGAUGCCAAGGGGACCAUACGAGAAAUCGUUCUGCCCAAGGGCUUGGACCUGGACCGACCCAAGCGGACCCGCACAUCCUUCACUGCCGAGCAGCUGUACCGCCUGGAGAUGGAGUUCCAGCAUUGCCAGUAUGUGGUGGGGCACGAGCGCACCGAGCUGGCCCGCCAGCUGAACCUCUCUGAGACCCAGGUGAAGGUCUGGUUCCAGAACCGCCGCACCAAGCAGAAGAAAGACCAGAGCAGAGACCUGGAGAAGCAGGCGUCCUCCUCUGCCUCCAAGGCCUUUGCCACCUCCAGCAUUCUGCGGCUGCUGGAGCAGGGCAGGCUGCUCUCUGUGACCAGGGCACCCAGCCUCCUGGCACUGACCCCCGGCCUGCCAGAUCUGGCUGCUGGCCACAGGGGCACCUCCUUGGGUGACCCCAGGAACUCUUCUCCAUGUCUCAACCCUCUGUCCUCAGCCUCGGCAUCCCCCCCGCUGCCACCCCCUCUGCCAGCCAUCUGCUUUUCCACAGCCCCGCUUCUGGACCUGCCUGCCGCCUAUGAACUGGGAUCCUCAGCCUUUGAGCCCUACAGCCGGCUAGAAAGGAAAGAAGCCAGUCCUGGUGGUGGUGGUGGCAAGAAAGCUAACACAUAAGACUCCCACCCUUACGUGACUCUGAGUCCCCAGCACAGCACCAUCCCAGCCUCCUGGGCCCAGAGGAUUGCACUGAGCAGGUCCUUCAAGGAGGGCAGCAGCGGCAGCCCCCUCCCCACCUGUCCUCAGGUCAAGACUCGAACGAAUGGCCUUGGUCCCACAGCUUGUGUGUGUGAGUGCAGUGUGUGUGUGCAUGUGUGUGUGCAUGUGUGUUGUGCAUCUCUCACUGAAAUAAAGGAAAACAAUGACAAGAAGGGAAACAGUCCCUGCAGCACCACCUCAUUCCCUUCCAUUCCCAUCCUCACUGCAAAGGAAAAUGGCUUAAGAGUGAGGAGGACCUCAAAUGGGACAGGGUAGAAACUGGGGCCACAGGGAGGUCAGGGCAUCCACAUCUGUGGCUCAGCAGGCCUCAGAUUCCCACUCCUAUGUGGGCAUCCAGCCAGGUACUCCAAGCACCCAGUACCAAUAUCAGUGCUUUCUUGCAAGCUUCUCUUUCUAACUGAAAAAUAUUUGAGAGGGGAAAACAGCAAGUCCUUCAAGAGAAUGAAUGAUGCAAGGUGAGACCAGGUCUGAUGAGAGGAAGAAGGGCAUGCCAGGUAAGCCCAGGCCAACCCCCAGUGUCUGGAGAGGGCCUGUCCUCAGUGAACAAUGCAGCAGGAAGCACGUUCUAAAAAGCUUUUUGCUCAAGGUAUUUUCGUUUAGCUUUUAUUCUACAAUAAUUGUAGAUGUAUAAGAAGUUGUAAAGAUAGGGCAGAGGAUUCUUCACCUGAUUUCUCCCAAUGGCUGUACCUUCUAAAACUAGUAUAAUAUCAAACCGGGAAAUUGACAUUGGUAUUGUGUGUUUAGCUCUGUGUCAUUUUGUCACCUGUGUAGAGUAUAGAACCACGACACAAUCAGGGUGCAGAAUAGUUCCAUCACCCUCAUGCUGCCCCAUCUAGUCACCUACUGCUGCCCUCAACAGAAUUCUUUGACAAAAUGGGAAUUGUGUUAGAGGAACCAGAGACCUGAAAUGGGUACUCAGCCAGAGGAUGCAGGUUGAGGGUUGGGCCAUUGGGAAGGAAAAACAAGCAGUCUGUUGCAAGCUGCUCUGAGAACACAGUUUCAAAUUGGCUGCCUUGCUCAAGUCACCUGGAAUGGGGUGCUGCAAGAUAGGAAUCCCCACAGCAGCUCCUCGCCCUUCUGCAUAAGUGCUUACAAUGUGGGAAACCUUGAGUCUGGAAUGAGACAUAGGGGUGCCCAGGUAACCUUGGGUUGGGGCCGUCCAGCCACCUCUGCAUUUAUUCUGCCUUGCUCACCACAGUUAAGCUAUGCUCUGGCAGCCGUGGGGGAAAUACAGCUGCUUUGGAAAGAAGGGGGCUCCUGGGAAGCAGCCGUGAGUCCUGUGUGGAACACAGGUGAGGCUCUGGGCAUAGUUUGAUCUGUAAUUUCAAAUAUUUAGAUAUGCAAUAUGUGGACCUCCAUUUGUACUCUCUGUCGCGGGCUGAGAAUGUCAAGGUCCAAGGGUCAGACUGAGAAACCAGCCCUGCUUCUCAGAGGAUUCUCAAUAGCACGAGAUAGGUGUAAGAAGACCCAGGUCUGAUGGAAGAGACACAGACUUAGCUUGGAGCUCACACCAGUGGCAGCAACAUGAGAGACCUGUCCUAAGGUAGGUGCUGGGGAAUCCAGGAAGGCUUCUGUAGGAGGUAGCAGUGAUGCUGACCAGGAGAGUAUCCUCUACCGAUGGUGGGAAAAGUCAGUGAUAGCUUGGUGUAGGGCAAGGUGCAGAGUAUUGUGUAGGGUAGGUGCAGAGUGGGAGACAGACAAGGAGAGGCCAGUCUGCCAGAAAGUGGAGGGAAACCAGGAAGACAGAUGGGUGUGGGAGUGUUAAGACGGAUUCACACUCAUAUGCACUGUGGGCAGAGGAACGGCCGAGCACAGAGGUCAGAGAAGCUGCAUUCCUGCUCUGCCCUUCUCCCUCACCACCCCCCAGCUCCCAGGUAGCCAGCCACCUCCCAGGUCUGCACACCCUUCCUGUGGGGC